UAUUCCGUGUAUUUACUGAAUUGGAUAAUGAAACUUAGAUAGCCUGAGACCAGCUGUCAGCCAUCGAUUGUAUGUACAGGCCAAGACUUUCUACUGUAUUGAAAUUUACAGAACAUUAAAAAUCGACCAGUUUUAUUUUAUUGCGUGACAUUUAUAAAACUUUCGUGCAAUAGUUUAUUGAUAUAAAUAAUAUUACAUUUUUUAAACAGUAAACAUGUCAUCGACAAAUAGUGAUGGUGUCCAAGGCAGUACGUCAACGUCCAGUGAAGUUCCUAUACAAGGACUAAUACCAAAUGGAGCAGGACAUGGUUACAUAUCAUUGCAUAGACCAUCUGAAUUAUUAGCAACGUUACGCAAUGAAGCAGAAGAACUGUCACCUCCAAAGCCGGAUUUUUCAGCACCGCCGCCUUAUGAGCUUGCAACAAAAUUACCCAGUUACGAAGAAGUGCAAAGAGAAAAAUCACUGCAAGGAGAAAAUCCGGUAGCACCGCCACCACACAUAAAUAUCGACACCAUACCGACAGCUCAGCCAUUUACUAUUUUGGCAAUAGACCCAAAUGCGGCAGAAGGUGACCCAGAGAGCGGAUUGCUCGGAACAGAUUUUACAUUUUUCACAGCAUUUUUGCUGGCAUUAUUCUUUAAUUGGAUUGGAUUUCUCUUGUCGAUGUGCUUCUGUCACACAAUUGCUGCUCGAUAUGGUGCCCUCGCUGGAUUUGGAUUGUCAUUAACUAAAUGGACUUUAAUAGUUAAGCAUUCAACAGAUCUGGCAUCUCGUGCUAACUCGUGGCUGUGGUGGCUCAUAAUGGCUCUUGGAAUCCUUAUUUGUAUUCGCGCUAUCACUCAAUACUUGAACAUUAAACGUGGAUGGAAAUUAUUAUCCGGCAGUGCACAAGAGCGUCUCCUCUUUUUCUAUUGAGUCAACUAUUAUAAAUCAACACUAUUAUUCUCAAUAUUGAUAUUUAUAGAGAGCAUUCAGCAUUUAUUUAAAUUUUCGGUUGUAUUCUUGCACUAUAUAAUAUAUAUAUAAAUCAUCUAUAACAAAAUAUUAAUUUUACAUAGACUCUACUAAACACGAUAUAUAAUAAAUAUAUAAUUUUAUUGUAUAAAAACCGCCUGAAAAAAGACAAUGAGUUCAUUGAAAAAAAUUUUUUAAAAAUAUGGAGGUUGCAUCUCUAUCUUCAGCCGGUUUACCCAAAUUACAACACCCGGGUCAAUUAAAACUCCAUGUAAUUAAUAUUUUAUUUAAUUACAAGUCUACACUAACGGGUGUGCAUCCAGCAGACAUCAGACAAAUUAAAAAUUUAAAAUAAAUAGAGGAAAUAAUUUUUAAAAAAAUAUUUAUAAAAAACGCACUUAUUAAUUUCCAAAUUUUUUAAAUGCGCAUUUUUUUAAAAUUUUAUUUUGUUAAUUAUUUACUCUGUUUAUUUAUAAUUUUAAAUUUUUCUGUCUGCCGCAUUCACACUCGUCUACACUAAUUAAAUAAUAUCAAGUAAUUACUCUACCAAAUAAUACUUUUACUUUAUUACAUUUUUCAUUUCUACUAAAAAAAAAAAAAUGCUUCUAUAUAUGAAGUUAUUUAUGUAUUUAAUACAUUUUUCGAUAUUGAAAUCUAAACUCCAUAGGUUUUAUUUUAUAUUA